CCCCACGUUCUCUCUAACACACACACACACUCUCUCUCUCUUUCAUUAGAUAAUGGAUCAAAAAAGUAAAACGAUUGGAGAACAAUGGUGGAGGUCAAAUCCAACGUUUAAACCGCCUGAAACGCCAUUAGAUUCUAUGGAGUUUUUGUCACGUACUUGGAGUGCUUCCGCUACUGAAGUUUCAAGAGCUGUCGUCGCGUCUCCACCGACUUCUCAACCGCCGCAAAUGCGUUUCUCGGAGAUCCAAAACGGUUCUUCUGACGUCACUUUGGUGCCGGAAGAUGAAGAAAACGGCAUCGUUCUUGGAAAUACUUUUUCUUUUGCUUCUUCAGAAACUUCUUUAAUGGUCAUGGAACGUAUCAUGGCUCAGUCACCGGAGAUUUCAUCGCCACGAACAUCAGGGAGACUUUCUCAUAGCUCAUUCACCGACAGUCCUCCGAUCUCUCCCUCCGACAUCGACGACUUUAAGCAAUUCUACCGUGUGAGCCCUUCCUUUAACGGCCACAUACGUGGUUCAUCAGCCAUUCCCGGCACCGCCGGAGGGUCUAAAACUGUUGGUCGUUGGCUAAAGGACCGGCGAGAGAAGAAGAGAGAAGAGACGCGUGCACAAAAUGCACAGCUUCACGCGGCUGUAUCUGUAGCUGGAGUGGCUGCCGCGGUGGCUGCUAUCGCUGCAGCCACUGCCUCUCAGUCGAGUUCUGGAACUGACGAGCAAGUGGCCAAAAAUGACUCCGCGGUGGCUUCUGCCGCGACUUUGGUGGCGGCGAAGUGUGUGGAAGCUGCAGAGAUUAUGGGAGCUGAUCGUGAGCACUUGGCCUCCGUUGUUAGUUCUGCGGUUAACGUUCGUUCUGCCGGAGAUAUCAUGACUUUGACCGCCGCUGCUGCCACAGCUUUGAGAGGAGCUGCACAAUUAAAGGCAAGAGCAUUGAAGGAGGUAUGGAACAUUGCGGCUGUGAUUCCUGUAGAUAAGGGUACACCAAAAGGCGGUGGUGGUGGUUAUAGAGGUGGCGAGUUAGCCCCUGUAGAUAAUUUUCUUGGGAUUUGCAGUAAAGAAUUGCUAGCUAAAGGUUGCGAAUUGCUUAAACGCACCCGCAAAGGUGAUCUUCAUUGGAAAGUUGUUUCGAUCUACAUUAAUAGAACAAAGCAGGUAAUAUUGAAGACUAAGAGCAAACAUGUUGCUGGGACCAUCACAAAGAAGAAAAAGAAUGUGGUGGUGGGAUUGGUUAAGGGAUUACCGGCGUGGCCUGGCCGGGAAAUGCUCGAGGGUGGAGAGAAUUUGAGGUAUUUCGGGCUGAAGACGGUGGAGAAAAGAGUGAUUGAAUUCGAGUGCAAAAGCCAAAGGGAAUAUGAUCUUUGGACACAAGGUGUUUCCAUGCUUCUUUCCAUUGCUUCUGAUAGGAAACAUAAAUGUUGAAUUAAGGUAUAGUCUUGGGUAAAGUCACAUGAAUAUGGAAACUAAUGGGGCAAAUUUGUAUUAUCUAUUUUUCUUGGUGUGCCUUUUUUCUAGCUAGAAGAGAUAUUGGGUCUGAGCUGUCUAAUUUAUAUUUUUAAAGUAAGAUCUUUGUAUUAGAAGAAUAUGUAAAUUACAUGAUAUUCUUUUAAAGGUUUUGAAAGUUCACUCUUCUAGUAUUGUGAAUGUGAUCGGGUUAAUAUCAUAAGCAAAGAGGUGACUUAAAGAGUUGUACAAUAUAAGUUUGUAAAACCAUAAGCAACAAAAGCUGAUGAUAUUGACAAUAGAAAAACCAGCCCCUAAAGAAAAACUUAUGUUUACAUGAUAACCUCAAACUCUUGAAUUUCAACGGGAACAUCCUCGUGACACCCAUCUUUGAUCUUAACUAAUUCACGAUCAUCUCCUUCCAAAUAAGCCUUCAAAAAUGAUACAACAAGUCCACCAACGAAUCUCCUCAUUGGUCUCCUCUCUUCACCAUUCUUACACAAACAAUAAGAACUCUUCCCUCUAAUCCCUUUUGUAUCAUCAUCAAGCAUGUCCAAAUGCCCAUAAUCCUUCGCAACGAAAUGCCAUGCUGGACCUUGACAUUCCCGAAAGAACUCUCGGUGAUUCACUCCGGGAGGUGCACACGGUGGGAAUAAUGGGUUCCGAGCGGUUUCACCAAGCCCCGAACCGAUCACAAGUAUAGGCGUUUUGUCUAGGUCAAAUGAGUUUGGAAGGUAAGCCAACACCGGAGGAGGGGUUUGUUUCCCUUUCCCUGUUCCAUCGACUGGAUCUAUACCGAUCAAUGUCGAGAUCUUUAGAUUCGAGGAGUACCCAAAUUUCUUUAAGGCGACCGCAAACGCGGUUUUGCCACCGCGGCUAUGGCCGGAGAGGGCAAAUUUGGAUAGGUUUGGUGUUACUUGCGCUGGAAGAAAGUGAUUAAGUCCUACUGAUAACCAAUCCAUAAUCUCCGCCGUUGAUUUAAUCUCAUCCAUUGUGUCUGGUCCGGCGAUACUAUAUAACUGUUAUAAUAUCACAUAGCCAAGAAAUUUGAUUUACAACCAUAUAAAAUAAAAUGUUAACAUUUGAUAUUA